UUUACCACAAAUAUAAGAAGGCACAUGUUUUCUGUUUACAGUCAAUCGGAUCUUUUAUUAGAAGCAAUACACAUCGUUUUAUAAUAUUAAGAAAUUGCAGAAGAAAUUUUAAAGGAUAUUUGAAGUGAACAAAAAAAAGUUAAAGGAUAUGUUGCUAGAACGAGACCUAGGGAAACUCUAUAGUCUACCCAUGGUGGAGAGUCUUGAUACCGGACGUCACGUGAUCAUAGAUGCCAUGACAGACAAGCAGUUGGCAGAAACGUACGAUAUGAUACAAGACGCUGCAGCUCACGGAAGUGGAUUCGGAAUAGAUGAAUUUAUAAAUGAGAAAAACUUUAGACAAGAAAUACAUGACAGUCAUUGCUUUGCAAUAAUCUGUAAAGAAAGUUGUGACUUGAUAGGAGGAAUAAUUCUUGCAAACAGUAAAUUUUAUCGAGGUGCUUCGACCAUGGUAGAUCCGUUUAUCAUUAUCAAACGAACCGAAAGGGGCCAGAGGUUAGGAGAAUUUGCUAUGAAAAGAGCAAUUCAAUUUUCACAGCAAUUAGGAUAUGUCGGAAUGUAUGUUGACACAUUUUCAAACAAUACUGGAAUGUUGAAAAUCUUGCAGAAGAUUGGUGGUUUUACCCAAGUUGGAUUUUUGCCAGUUGGUGGCCGAUUACAAAGUGGAAAACUCAUCGGUUCCAUAAUCUUUUAUCGAGACCUCGCGGAAGUAUCAUGUGACUUGGAGAAUUUAUCAGAAUAUGGAGCAGAUGAACUUGCAGACAUUUCAGAAGACGACAACCUGGAAAAUAUCAAUCCUGUAGAUUUGAACCUCACAUGACUUUAAACAGUGGACUUUCUGUCGGUUCACGAAUACUACCGCUUUUAGUGGUUAUACCGGUUUUGUAAAUACGACAAUGUCAUAUUAAAACCGACAUUUAGACUUUAAAUUACAACCGAAGGUCUAAAAUCGAAAUGCAAGUUCGCCUUGCCACGAUAGUAUACAUAGAGAUAUAGGAGAAAGAAUAUUUUCCAACCAACUCUGUAAAAUAGAAAAUACCGAACCAGCUCGCUGCUGUGACAAUCUAAUCAUAGCUUAAUAUGUAAUAUAUGUAAAGAACAAACUACAUGUUGAAAAUUGUUGCAGUUGUCACGUGACAGUGCAUUUAGUGUAUAUAUUACAUAAUAUGUAAUUACAUAGAAUCAGUUCAUGAUAGCAACUAGAUCAAAUAAAUCAUGACAUUCUAUACAA